AUGACCUAUGACAAAGGUCAGAUGAGGAAUGAAAAGAACGAGGAGAUGUUCCCGGGCGUCUGGAACAAGGUUAAAGCCGCCCUCUUGCCGCCAGGUUACGUUCCAGGAAUGCGAACAAAGUGGUUUUUCCUCUGGCGAUGUUUGGAGGACAACACUGCUGGGGUACCUGAGAUCAAACGCCCUGUUGUCCCCUAUAAUCCUCCACUGACAGGCGCUCUUCAUUACUAUCUAUUCGGGCAGUGGGUCGUUCUCUUGUAUUAUUUUGUGCACUUCGUAGGGAUCCGUUUCCUUAUCAACUGGCCUGAAUUCCUUUGUCGGCUUGGCUUUCUCAUCGCUUUAAUACAAAUGUUCGGUUACUAUUUUGAUCACAGCCGCUUUUCUCUGCUCUUUGACUCAGCACGGCUUGCGAUGUCUAUAUUGCUUGGAUUGUUCCUGCACGACUGGCUGAUAAUCACCUACGGUUUUGUAUCGUUGGCGGUUGCCUUUUGGCUCUCUGUUGAGGGCAAAAUAUGUACAUCUUGCAAAUACGAGGGAGGAAAAUGUUAUUGUUGA